UAAGCGAGUCAACGAAUAGUUAUUUACCGCAAACACAGGAUCGAACUGGUUGAACAAAAUUAAAAGUAACGAUUACAGUAAGAAUCGAACGACGUAUUCGUGUGCAUAGGGCGCAGUAGUGGCGGCGUCAGAAUCUCAGAAAUUAAUGAACUCGUAACAAGUCUAAUGGGCACGUCUGAUUGCAGGACGACGAUGAAUAUAAUAAAGAACAUCUCGUCGGCUUUCUGGUCGACGGAUGUUUGGUUACCGCCUAACAUAACAUGGGACGACAUCAAACCAAAUUCCGAAAACAAAUACGCCGAUUAUCAGCAUUUAAUUUACCCCAUACCCAUGGCGCUUAUCCUUUUGAUAAUCAGAUACGGUUUCGAGAGGUAUUGUUUCGCACCAUUCGGAAAGUCUCUUGGCAUAAAAAAUACGAGGUCAAAGAAGGCGCCGUCAAAUGAUGUACUAGAGAAAGCCUAUGUCAGUAGGAAAAUUAAGCAUAAGCAGAUCCUGGGAUUGGCUAAACAAUUAGAUUGGUCCGAACGACAAGUAGAGAGAUGGAUGCGAUUAAGACGUGCACAGGACAAGCCAUCCACGCUUACAAAAUUCUGCGAAAACAGCUGGAGAUGUUUGUAUUAUACAUACUCGUUUCUUUACGGCCUGAUUAUAUUGUGGAAUAAGCCAUGGCUGUGGGAUAUUAACCAUUGUUACUAUAACUAUCCGUACCAUCCAGUUUCGGCUGACGUAUGGUGGUAUUAUAUGAUAUCUAUGACCUUCUACUGGUCCCUAAGUUUCUCGCAAUUUUUCGACGUGAAAAGAAAAGAUUUCUGGCAAAUGUUCAUCCACCAUAUAGCUACUAUCAUGUUGAUGUGCUUUUCGUGGAUUGGAAAUCUGACCAGAAUUGGUACAUUAGUAUUAUUAGUGCACGAUUGUGCAGAUAUAUUUCUAGAAGCUGCGAAGAUGGCAAAGUAUGCUAAUUACCAAAAGUGCUGCGAUUGUAUAUUUGUUAUUUUUACAAUACUAUGGAUUGCCACACGUAUCGGUGUCUUUCCAUUUUGGAUAAUUUACAGUACAUCGAUAAAGGCUCCUAAGAUAGUACCAAUGUUCCCAGCAUAUUAUAUUUUCAAUUCUUUAUUAAUUUUAUUACUAUUCCUACAUAUGAUCUGGACGUAUUUAAUUCUUAAAAUUGCGUACAAUGCUUUUUAUGCUGGUCAAAUGGAGGGUGACAUUCGUAGCAGUAGCAGCGAAGAUAUUUCCGAUGCCUGCGUCGAUAGUACUUCUUUAAAUAACUCUACAAAUUAUGUUCACAAACAAAACAAGCGACUGAAAGUUCAGUAACAAAUAACUUUUUGAACUAGUUACGGUAAGAGUAAUAAGGCAAAAAUCCAAAUAUUUAGCCAGGCGCUAAUUUAUUUCAGCAAACCUAGCGAACUUGCAUUUAUCGUAGUAUCGUAAUUUAAAAUCUUAACUUAACUUUGAUAAAGUUACGAGCAGGCUACAGGCCUGGAACUACUUGAAUUUACUUUCUCUUUGUCAUUAUUAAUACUUUCCAAAACGUUUUAGCGCUUUUAUACGGUACAUGGGAGUCGACAAUUUUCGCGUACACAAAAUGUUAAUUCAAUACUCCUAGUAUUAUUAAGUAUGAAAAAAAGAAACAAACGAACAUUGAGAACUGUAAAUUACUCUUGUUAAUUGUAUCAUUUAUUUAUAUAUGUAUUUUAUUUAAAAGCUUAGAGAAUUAUUUUUUUUACGUGAAUCCUAAUUAUUUAAUUAAACAAACAAUGGACCAAAGUUGGAAAAUGUUUAAUGUCUGUACUUUUCAGCCUUAUCGAGGUUUAAGUAAUUGAUUAUGUUUAAAAAUGGUUAAUUAUUAUCUUAUACUAUAUAAAUGUCGAACGAUGUCUUAAAACUUGUGAGUAAGAAAACUAACUAUAGUAUUUCCGAUGAGUUUUAAUAUUAUUUUUUUUUCUUUUUUUAAUUAAUUUACCUAUUACACAGCUUUCUAAGAAUAUUUCAUUCACUUAAUUUAUGUAACGUUAAAAUAGAGUUCCUUACAUUCAAAUAAAUGUACUUUACACUUUACGCUAGGGAGUGUAUAUGAAAAUUUAGAAUACAAAAGGUAAAUCUUCAAUAUAAUACAAAUAAAAAUAAUUGGAACAUG